AGCCUAUCGGCGCGCGCGACACCCCUCCUACACUGCGCGCUAAAGUUGUCCACUUCAGCUACUCCCAACCCCUAAGCAGACUUUGUCAUCUAAAACUAUCAGACCUUUUAAGAAAACACUGCAAAGAAUUAAGUAACCUUUGUUCAGUGGAGAGCGUUUGGAGUACCCCCUCCCUGGCGCGCGCUGCAUCUUGUUCCAGUAGUAGUUAUUUUGCUCGUGCCCCCCUCCGCACGAGACUACAGAAGUGUUUAUCUUUGUUUGAUUUUUUAGAGGUUUCAUAUCUCUGGUUGGAUAUUUUCUACAUUUUGCAUUUUUGAAAAAGAGGACUUAAUGCAUUUUUAGCCACCAGGGACACAUCGACAAGUCUGGACUUUCUCUGUUUAAACAUCAGCCUUUUUGUAUAAAAAAAGCCGAAUGUCAUCUAUACCAGGAACAGUACCGAGAAUGAUGCGACCGGCUCCAGGACAGAAUUAUCCCCGCACUGGAUUCCCACUAGAAGUUUCAACUCCUCUGGGUCAAGGUCGGGUGAAUCAGCUUGGUGGAGUAUUCAUCAAUGGUAGGCCUUUGCCAAAUCAUAUCCGACACAAAAUAGUUGAGAUGGCUCACCACGGCAUCCGUCCCUGUGUGAUCUCCCGACAACUUCGCGUUUCCCACGGUUGUGUAUCCAAAAUCCUCUGCCGAUAUCAAGAAACUGGCUCGAUCCGUCCCGGAGCAAUAGGAGGAAGUAAACCCAGACAAGUGGCAACACCUGACGUGGAAAAGCGAAUCGAAGAGUAUAAACGCGAAAAUCCCGGAAUGUUCAGCUGGGAGAUUCGGGACAAACUUUUGAAGGACGGUGUGUGUGACAGAAGUACAGUUCCCUCAGGUGAGGCCUCAUCUGUAAGUUCUAUUAGCCGGGUUCUGCGCGCGCGUUUCGGCAAGAAAGAUGACGAGGACGACUGCGACAAAAAAGAUGAAAGUGGGGAGAAAAAAACUAAGCACAGCAUUGACGGUAUACUCGGAGAUAAAGGUCGAAUUGACGAAGGCUCAGAUAUAGAGUCAGAACCAGACCUGCCGCUAAAGAGAAAGCAGAGACGAAGUCGGACGACCUUCACAGCCGAACAGCUGGAGGAGCUGGAAAAGGCCUUUGAGAGGACACACUAUCCGGACAUAUACACCAGAGAGGAACUGGCACAGAGGACCAAGCUCACCGAAGCCAGAGUGCAGGUUUGGUUCAGCAAUCGACGAGCCAGGUGGCGUAAACAAGCAGGAGCGAAUCAACUGGCAGCAUUUAACCACUUGUUACCAGGAGGAUUCCCACCAACAGGCAUGCCAACUCUACCAGCGUACCAGCUUCCAGAAUCCACCUAUCCAUCAGCAACAUUACCACAAGAUGGUAGCGGCACGCUGCAUCGACCCCAGCCUCUGCCCCCCUCCACGAUGCAUCAGGGCGGGCUAACCAGCGACAGCAGCUCCGCCUACGGCCUCUCGUCUAAUCGCCACACUUUCUCCAGCUACACCGAUACCUUCAUGAGCCAAUCGGCAUCCAGUAAUCACAUGAAUCCUGUGAGCAAUGGCCUAUCUCCACAGGUGAUGAGCAUGCUUAGCAACCCCAGCGCCGUGGCCCCUCAACAACAGCAUGAGUUUUCCAUCUCACCCCUGCACGGCAGCCUGGAGGCUUCCAACCCAAUCUCUGCAAGCUGCAGCCAGCGUACCGAGUCAAUCAAGACCAUCGACAGCCUCCCCUCCUCCCAAUCCUACUGUCCCCCUACGUACAGCACCACCAGCUACAGCGUGGACCCCGUCACUGCGGGCUACCAAUACAGUCAAUACGGCCAAACUGCAGUGGAUUAUCUGGCUAAAAACGUCAGCUUGUCCACACAGAGAAGGAUGAAGCUCGGGGAGCACUCGGCUGUGCUCGGACUACUACAGGUGGAGACGGGACAGGCGUAUUGAUGAAUCUGUACAUCCCCCAUUUAUUUCACCAGCAUCCCGACCAUUUUAUUCGCAGUGCCCACGUGAGGCCUAUUUGACCAAGAAGAUCCCAGGCAGUCUUAAACUCACCUACAGUAUGGGUGCAUGAACACACAAGCCAUUCCACAAUAAAACGGACGCUAUUGUGCCGCAUCUUCUUACACGCCCUGCUCUCUCUAUUUCUUUCGCAACAAAGAGACUCUUUGAGGGCUUCACAACGCCAAGGGAAAGCCCAUCGGCAUCCAAUGAGCACACACAUACAGAGUAGGCAACAGUUGUAGCCGCUUGCCCAUUCCAAACCAUUCGGACCACGUUGUUUAUAGGACUCAAAAUGAUGGUAUUAUAUUUGUUAUUAUAAAUGUGGUUGUUCUUGUUGCAUUUACUAUUGUAAUUACUCUUUGUUUACAUGUUUCACUUCUUUCUCAUGUUUAGUUUCUAUUUUAACCACAAGGCCUUGCUUAGCAACAUUACACUUUUGAUGGAGAUACGGAGACACGCUGACAGCUUUGCACACAAAGCUUAUAAUUUGUUAAUCUUAUUCUUAAACCUGACAUUCCAGUAGACUUGCUGGCUAUUGAGGCAGCUGGGUUGGUUAAUACUUGUAAAACCAGGAUACAUCCUGUGACCUGCCCUCUGUGGGUGAAUUAUCAGUGUUAUUUAUGAUUUUUAAUCAUUCACUUUCCUGAAAUAUGAUGACCAUCAUUCACAUUUUGGUAUUUUGCGAUGGAGAACGUAAUGCACACUAGUUGGUUACUAUAAUUGCCAUUAAUAUCUCUAAUACAAAUUAAAAUAUAAAGAGCGCACUUAUGGGCAAAUUAAAUUUUUUAGGCUUUUUUUUGGAGCUUUCACGUAUGAUUUUGUGCUAUUCAUGCCAAUUGUAGUCAUAGUGUUGCAUUGAGAAAUGUUAUACAAACCUCUAAAUAUGGGAUUCAGAUGUUGGUAGAGACCAUGGUAUAAUAGGACUCAUUUAGUCUUUUUGCCAUUGAUACAUUUUACAUUUACACACUUGGCAGACCUAACUUAAGAGUACAGUGUACUACUCUACAAGGUAUACUCUUUAAGCAUGUGUGUGUUCCCUGGGUUCGAACCAUAGACUGUAAAAAAAGAUGGACGUAGUGUCCGUGACGUCACCCAUAGGUUUCUGAAGAUCGUUUUUGAAGCUUAAAGUAGGCGGUGCCUGCCAUCGCUAUCUUGGCCAAGCGUCACCGCGCAUCACUCGCGGAUAUUCGAAAAUGGAUAAAAGGCGGGACGUGGGUGAAGCUGGGGUGACUGGUUGCUAAAACCAUGCCCGCCUAGAUCGACUCGAUAAGUGGCCACGCCCUCAAUUAUGCAGAAGUUUAAAGCUUAAUAUAAAUUAAACGGAUGAGUUACAAAAAAAUUCACCCCCCUCACAGUCAUGAAGGGCAAAAUUAGCUAUACAGACCAAAAACUAUUGUUGUACCAGGGUGUAAACAUAUUAUUUUCUAUUGUAAAGUUUGGCAUUUUAACAUGGAGGUCUACAGGAAUUGACUCCCUUUUGGAGCCAACCUCUAGUGGCCAGUCGAUGAAUUGCAGUUUAAAUCACUUCCGUAUUGGCUUCAUAAGGAAGAUUGGAAGGUUGCCCCUCGGUUCGAACCCAUGACCUUUAGCGCAGCUAUCGCAAUGCUUUAGCACUAAGUUAUAGACAGUUUCAGCAAUAACAACAUAAACAAGCGGCAACUUCCGGUAAACUCCGCUAAGAAUAAAUACAACAAAGUACUUUAAACGUAGUUUAUUCAUAUAAAAAAACAACAACACGUAAGUAACCUAGAAAACCAAAACAUUUGUUAUUUUCGACAAGGUAUUUGUUCUAGAGUUCAGUUUAGCAAAUAGUCAGAUCAUUAAAAAACUGAAACCGAAAGUUAAGGUCAGACCAGACACGUAUCGCGUCACCACACGUACAUCCGAUAAAACCGUCCAUAAAGGAGCACAGUUUAGUCCCCCCCUUUAAAAGUGUGAUGUUCUCUAAUGAUAUUUGGAGGAACAGAAGUAACAAAGUUUUUUAUGGCACCCUUUACAAAUGUGUGCCAGACCAUAAAAAUGUAUAGUUAUUCCAAAAUAUGAACAUACGGUAUGGAGGUGGAUAUAUAGUGACCACAUUUAUUUAAAGUUCGCCACUCUGACUUCUUAUUUCACAUGUAGGAUAAUAAUUUUUGUGACCAAAAUGAACUAAAAUGAAACUGUGAUUGUACAGACUGAUCCGGGAACAUGGGUUUGCCCUGAGAUGCCAUAUAUAUGUAUAACACUGAAACAUAUCCAUUUUGAAACAUUUUGUAGUAAAUAAAAAAGGACUAAAAAGAAAUGUGAGAAAAUUACUUUUUUAGUGUGUAGCACUCAUUUCUAUUACAAGCAUUGAUUUACCUUUGGGGUAUUUAAAGAUAUUUAAAUCUAAUUGGGUAACGAAACCUUUUCCAAAUAUCCUUCCAACCUCACUUGCUCUUUAUUCUGUCAUUGUUUUUGCAUAUGUAAUUUCCUUUGAUAUAUUUCUGUUCAGCAUGUGUGUAUAUUAUCAUGGCAUAAUUUAUUCAGCUUUAUGAAAUACUAGCGUAGUUGGAACUUGUAUUGGCAUUUACUACCUUCAGCUUGUUGGUGUCUUUACUAUAGCACUGGCAUAUCUGUUAUGGAUUAAAGCUCAAAAACUGGAUAAAUAAACAAAGAUUCCUUCUUA